CGGCAGUGUGAGUGAGCAGAGCAACACAACCACAACAAGAUGGCUUUGACGAGGGAGCUCGGCGGACUGUCAACGCGGUUGUUGCGAAACAAAGCGUGUCUGUACGCCGCGGUGAGAUGUUCUUCCGACAGACCGUAUCCAUGGAACUACCUCUGGAGGCCGGGGAAAUAUUCGGAGAAGGAUCAUGACAAAAUUGCCGAGAAAUACAAUUUGCAUCCGAAGGAGUAUAAGCCUUAUCCAGACGACGGUAAAAAAUUCACCGGUGAUUACCCGCAGCUGCCCAUGGUAGGACCGGCCGCUAAAGACCCGUACUAUCCAUACGACAUACCAGUAUACAAGAAAAAUUAUCGUGAGACGCUACACGAUCAGUUUGAAAUUAUGGGCGAGGAUCGCUUCAGUUAUGGCUACAACUACAGGAUCAAUCUGUAUGUGGGAACGGCGAUAUUUUUUGCAACUAUGAUCGCUUGCGCGACGAUCACUUACUUGUUAGAACCCUAUAAGACAUUCAUACCAAGAAUGGAGCAACAGAUGCCGAAGAAGGGUGUAGUGCAUUAUACAUUUGAGCCAGCAGAUUCGUGAAGAUGGGACAAGUAGCCUCGAUUAGACAACAGAUUUAAAUACAGCAGUGUCUGAUAUAAUAUAUGAACAUAUGAGUUGUAAUAUAUGAAUUAAGUAUAUUUA